UUGUCUCUUUCGGUGUGGCGCACGACUUCGACAACGCGACGCGUUGUUUGCCCUGCACGCGAAACGAGUGAAGUGCUCCUGCUUUUCACAAAAAACGUGGCAUCACGAGUAUACCACGUUUUUAGUGCAAAGAUGGCAUCACGAUCUAGGAUGUUAGUUCAAUUAGCUACAGGUGUUAAAAAUAAUUUAAGUGUACAACUAAGUCAUUCAAACUCUCAGAUAGAUAUUUUAACACAAGACGAGAAUGAAAAUGCCAAAAGUUCGACCCAUACAUUGCAGACAUCAAAAGAAGACAAAGACAUUGCAUUAAAUUCCAUCCGACCUCGUAGUAAUUCGACUAGUAGCAGCGGUUCCUCUAGUUCUAGCAGUUCUUCGAGUUCUAGCAGUUCUUCAAGCAGUGGCCCAUCUAUGUAUCAAGACAGCGACGACUCGGUAAAGGAUCCUGAUUAUGAAGCCCAACCAACAAAACAUGCUGAGUAUUCUUCUGAUACUGCCGAGGAACAAAAUAUCACUACCAACUAUACAAAUAUUUCGGAUGAUCAUAAUUUGCUAACAUCUAUUAUGGUUUCAAUAAACAUUGAAAACUACGAGGAACCACUUUCGUCUACAAACGAACAUGCUAUAGUAUUCAACGAUGCUGCAAUGCUGCAAGUCCAAUAG